UCUACCCCCCUAUUCGCCUUCACACUUAGAACACUCCAACCAUUCUUUUUCUCUCUCUAAUGCCGUCAAGGCUAAUUUAGUCAUUUCCCUCCUUUCCUUGUUUCUCUCUCUAGAGGGUUAAAAAAAAAACAUAUAAUCCUAGUAAUCUACAAGCCUGCUUUUCGCAUCUCCCAUCCAACUUUGUAUACCCCUUCUCUUAAUUUUCGUUUCCCUGUGUAUUUAAACGGGCCGUUCUUCUGUCAUUUCACACACAUUUUUGAGAAUAUUUCUGUCCCGGCAAGGGAUAAGCUAUUCUCGUUUCUCUAUCCCCAAACAAAAUUCGGUGUUUGUUUCUCAUGGAAGGGUGCAAUAAGCGAGCCCGGGAUGAGUCGGAAUUGGACUCGGUCUCGCCCGAGCCCAAGCGAGUUGACACGAAGGCUGACUCGCGGGUCAACUCGUCGGACUCGGAGCGAGUCAACUCGAGGGGUCCACACUCAGGUGAGUCGGAACGGGUCGAGGUGGACUCGGCGGCUAACUCGGACGAGUUCAAUUUGGAUUCGCCGGUGGCCAUGCAAUUCAGAGACGAUAUUCUGGAGAUCUUAGAUGAGCCGGACGCGCUGACGGAGCGUGACCCGGUUAUUCAGGACCUCGACUCGGUUAUCAAAAGCUUCGAAGAAGAAAUUCUCCAUCCCGCGCCGGCUGAGCAGACCGUCGUCGACCUGGCGUCAUCACAUUCCGGCGAGUCCCAACCGGAUCUCGGCUUCCUUCUGGAAGCCUCAGACGACGAGCUUGGCCUCCCUCCCACCGUACCUUCCCCGGAAAAACAACGCACUAACGAUGAUGUGGCCGAUUUGCCGGCCGGCGCCGCCGUGUUGGAUAACCUGAUGGGGUUUGAGGGCGAGUUGACGAGUUACGACUCGUUCGACCUCGGUAUCGACAGGAUAACAGAAGGCGACAAUUACGGUGGUAACAAUGGCGGUGAAUUUGUGACCGUCGAUGGCCUCUUUGAUUACUCUGAACCGUCAGAUUUUGCGGAGUUCUCGUGGAGACCCGAGUCUUUACCCGCUGUAUAGAACGGGUCAACCCGGAGUUAGGAUCGGGUUAUUGUGUUAUCGUGACUCGUGAGAAUAGCGGCGACGGAGUCCUAGCGUAGGAUAUGUAAAUCAUUAAAUUAUAAAAUGAAACGCAAGAAAUAGAAAAAAGAAAAUUGUAAGAAAAAAUGGCAUGAGAUAUUAUUUUUUUUUUUAAUUUGCUUUUACAGAUUUGUUUAAUAUUUUUCAUUAAGAUAAGUUGUGUUAUAACGAAAGAAAAUUUGACGUAA